AUGGUCGAGAAGUUCCCAGAAGCACCGGGCAUAGAGUCCUCUUCAAAAGAGACAGGUAUCAGAAAGUUCACAGAAGCACCAGGCAUAGAGUACUCUCCAACAGAGACAGGUAUCAGAAAGUUCACAGAAGCACCAGGCAUAGACACCUCUUCCCAAGGCACAGGCUCAGCUCCUCAACUCAACUUCCGCUACAACCAUCACAGCAGCACCCAAGUUCAAAGCCGCACUCUCUUUCCUUCUACCCCGAAUGUCCAGGGCAUAAUCCAGGGAGACCUUGACACCGUCACACCAGGAGGAGCAUCAGGAAGAGGAAAUGUCUAUUACCAGGUUGAUCAGCCUCCCGGCCACGGCGGUAUGACUAUCAACCAGAUCAUGACCUUCAUCAAUACUCGCACAGCGCUGGGAAAUGGGGGUGUUACACAGAUGGACGUUGUCGUGUACGACUUGCGUCGUACUCAGCAGUCUGAGCCAGUCCAUCGAGAGGAGCAUUCAGGGUCGAAGAGGCCUCCGGCAGAAGGAAAGAAGUAG